UAAACAUGUGCAGCGUUGAUAAUACCAAACGUAUUGCAUCCUUUCUGAAGGUGCCACUUGGUAAAGUGGGUUACAAUUCCGAAAAAAUCCUAACCAGAACCAAAUCUGCCCAAGAACCGAGCAUUUCCGGAUUUUCAUCCAUCAUUCAAUCGUUGGUAAGAGAAUCGGAAAAACCCUCAGUACGACAGACUCAUUCGGACAUCGAAACAGAAUGCCAAAUACUGCAAUGGCUCGAUUAUGCCGUCCUGUUUGUGGCUCCAUCUAACAAGGAUAAACACACCGCCAAGAGUCUCCUGGAAGAACUUAACUUUUACCUGCAAAGCCGUUCCUAUCUGGUAAACGAUACGCUCAGCGUGGCGGAUGUUGUGGUUUACCACACGAUUCACGAAACUAUGGCAAAUCUUCAACCACUGGAGAAAGAAAGCUUCCUGAAUGUGUCGCGCUGGUUUCGUCAUCUUCAGCAAUUGGAAGAAGUUCGUCAAGGUAAAAUUCUUCUCAACUUUUCCACGCUACAGUUAUUGGAAUGGGCCACCGGUACUCACACGUAA